UGCUAGUUACAUGAUGUUCGCCAACAUGACAUCAGUUGCAAUGAAAAAAUAAACAGCAGCGCUUUCUUGCAGUUUUAAAUUUUAAAUAAAUCUGUAGUGAUUGAAAAUGGAAAGUCGUAAAAACAAUAAUCAGACUAUAACGACAUUGCAGCAGCAAAACCAGCAUCACCAUGCAGUCACUAUCACCGCUGCUGCUCUCGGCAGUAACAGCAGCUGCGCGACUCCUGUUAGCUCAGAGCCGUCGCGUGGUGGAUACUUUGAAUACGCGCCUCCAACACCUGAUACAGCAAUCGACUAUGAUGACAUUAGCAGCAACAAGAGCACACCUUAUUACACACCAAUGGAGUUUGUGCAGGGUACUUUCGAAUUUCCUUCGCCAACAAAACUAGAGCACAUGGAAGACAUAGUCGAGUUGCAUUGUCAAUCUCCACAAGCGGUUGAGCAAGCAGAUAUGACUCUGCAACGCAAAAUUCCUACACCAUCCCAUACGGCUACUUCGCGUUCAUUAGCUAGUGCUAGACAGCAAUUGUCCAGCAGUAGUUCGCCGGUAGUGUCUCGUAAAUUAAGGCGAUUUUCACUUUACGAACGACGCUCCUGUUCGCCACAACAGCUGCUGAUAAAAAAUGUUGUCUCUGCUUCGAUGGACAGCAGUACGGAAAAUGUGGCCGCCAUGGCAGAUAAAGAAAAUGCUAAACCAUGUUAUAGGCCAGCCAUGUCCGAAAGCUGGAGAGACACACAAAUACGCUCGAAUAGUGGCAAUAGUUCACCGAUCACGCUGAGGGAGGCUGACGCAGUUUCACCAAAGAUUUUUGAUAUAAAUUUAGCUGGUGGCAGCAGUAGCGGUACUCGCCUACCCUGUUCCCCAAAAUUAUUGGCAUCAUUAAAUAAUCUGAACUUAACUGGAUCGCCACUGGGUGUCAUUAGCUCAGCGGGAUAUAAAAAUGGUAAUUACUUUAAAUUUCCAGAGAUCGAUCAGGUUGUUCGUGAGCAAUCUGGGACGGAGCCUCAAACCGACGAAACCGGCGCUAAUGUAUGUGACAAUCAACAAACUCGCUACAGCAGACAACGCAGCAGUGGGGCUAUCAAUGAACAUAAAAAAUCAGUUAUUUAUAGUGGUAGUAAUUCAAACACCAAUAAGGACAAAUCGCGCACCGACGAAUGCGUAGCCGGGGUAUCAGCAGAACCAAGUGCAAUAAGCUCAACCACAGUUGACACUAAAAAGAAUCGCAAAAAUAAAAAUAAUUUGACUAUAAAAAUUACAAAUGUCCCCUGUAGUAUGAUGGAACCAAGCGGGACUGCACCCACCUCGCCUUCACCUACGCCAAAGCCGAAAACACCUACCAUUAAAAGUACCAAAGAAAAAGCACUGUCACUUGAUUCGGCCGCAAGAGAGUCUGAACUUACUAUUAUCGUCUCGUCCAGCGGGCGAAGUGAUUCGCAUGCAAGUUGUGACGAGAUUGACGCGCAAACGCUUCGGCGCAGUUGUCUUCCGCUUCAACAAUUUAUGCCACGUAGUGUCAGUGGUGCUCGCUUCGAGCGUUUUGCAGCAGAUCGGUGUCUGCGCCUUCCAUCGGCUGCCGCCAGUAACCGUUCAACUUCAUUGUCACAGUUAGCAAUGCUUGGUGAUGGUACACUUACUGCACAUGCUCAUCUACAAGCCCAAUCCCUAUGUCCAAGCAGCACUACGUCCUCUUUAAAAACCCCGCUGAGUGGUAGUAGUUUCCCACGCACGCCUCGCCGGCGGCAACCAAGCGGGAGCUGCGCGAGCGGCAAUGCAUCUACCGAAUGGUUGGCGGCCUACAACCGUAACCGUAACUCUGCAGAAACUUAUGGUAGUGCCGCCACUAGGGAAUCGGAUUUAUUUGAACAUCCACAGUUUGAAGUCGAUACGACGGUGGUGGUGCUGCAGGAGGAGAUUGAUGAUGAAGCCCAGGCGGAUAAUAAAAACACACUACUUUGUGCACCUUAUGCGCCUGGUACAGGGACACUGGCGUUCACACCACAUCGCGGCAUGCACAAACAUAACGCUUUAUUGCAUGCUUCGAACACAAAUUUAAAAACUUUGCCAGAAUUCCUAACACUCGUUGAGUUUUCAACAACGACAGGUACAUCUGGCGGGCAUCAACCACACAAACAAAAAUCUAUGGAGCUGCCAAGCGCGACGAUGCGUCCUAAGCCAGCUGGAUCAGCGUCGUCAACCAAUUUACUGCAGCGCCGCGGUUCCAAUCACAGUUUGACACUGAAUUUAAAUGGCUCUUGCAGCAAUUUACUCGGAAAUUGUCGCAGUGGCUUAAGCGUUUCCAACUACAGCCUUGGCCCCGCUAUUGGCAGCUCCGCAACAAACCUUAGCUCGAAAUCAAGCUGUAACCUAGACUUGAGUGGCGCGCCUAUCACCAAUCAGCCGCAUCCACAAGCUACAGCGACUCAAGGGGCAAAACAGAGCCUGUUCCGCCGACGGGGUUCCAAUCAGAGUCUCACUCUUACAAGCCUAGCGGCAGCAUCAUGUGGCAAUCUAAAUUCCUAUGCAAGCCAACACUCGCUGAACAAAGUUACGCGUACUACAUCAUUCAUAACACCAACGCACAAUACAGCAAGCAACGCUACACCAAAGAGGGGGCUAUUGGAGCGUCGCGGUUCCAAUCAAAGUUUGACGCUGAACAUGGGCAGCUCUUUUGGCGGCAUUGGCACCGAGCGAAAUGCACACGCCCGCAGUAGCCUAUACUUGGGCGACACUUGCGCUGAAGAAGCCGACAUUAGUACGCUGCAUUCGAAGCCGUCAGGUGCACCGCCCACUCCUCAUCGACGGUUUUUCAGUAGCGAAAGUCUCAACCGCGGUUCAACGCCUUUUGCUGACUUGAAUCAAGCGCAUCGGCGGAAUGCCAAACAAGUGUGCUUUGGCUCCGUAUCCGAUCUAAAACCGAGCGCUAGUAUGUCUUUGGAAUGUGGGGGUCCCAAUGGCAUUGGUACGAGCGUUGGUAUUGGUAAUCAGCCUUUACAUGCCGAAGGGCGACGGGAUAGUUUCAAUUUCCAGGACAGCACUGUGUGCUCGUGUACAGGUGUGCGAAAUAUAAUGACGCGCCCGUUGUCACCACAAAGUACCAGUGAAGAGUUCAAGAUAUAUUUGGCCAAUAUACAGAUGCUGCAAAACGCUUCCAAUGCACUCAAUCAGCUCGAUCUUAUAAAACUCAAUUACAUUUUCGAUAACAGCUAUGCGUCCAACAACAAAGGCUUGGCUGAGCAAGCGGUGCCCAUGCUCAGCGUACGCUGCAAUAAAGAAGCUGAGACACCGCCAGGCAUGCAUGUGACCACCUCCGAGGAUUGUGAAGUAGCAGAACGCUAUUUGGCUGCAGUACAGUCGGUACUGCCAGCGAUACAGCCCGAUGACGAUGAGCAAAAGCGAAUAUUCUGCGACCUGCAUAAAGAAUUUUGGGAUCUGCCAUUGAAUCAUCAAGAAAAACCUAUGGUAUUCGGGUCGCAGGCAAAGAACCGAUACAAAACUAUUUUGCCAAAUGAAAAUUCGCGGGUGCUAUUAGAGAAGGAGGGGAAACAAUUGACCGAAUUGGCCGAAGAUAUUCGUGAUGAACACGCACAAUUGGCUGACCAUAUAUUACGACAGCUCAAUAUAUCGGACGAAGUGCCCUAUAUUAAUGCAAAUUAUAUAAAGGGACCAGAUUAUACAUCUAAAUGUUACGUGGCCACUCAAGGGCCCUUGCCGAACACAAUCUUUGAAUUCUGGCUUAUGGUGUACCAGAACACACGACGAUAUUUUCAAACCACCGAUAACAAGGCGGGAACGCUUCAGUUUUAUCAAAAAGUCAUAAUGCUCACGAAUUUUGCCGAAAAUAAUCGACAAAAAUGUGCCGUAUAUUUUCCGAUCGAAUUAAACGAAAUAUUUAUAACGACAAGCUGGCAUGAAGUCGUUGAACCUACUGCAGAGUUAGUGGACUUUUUCAACGCCUAUUUGCUGCCGAAUGAAACAACUCCGCCGCCCCUUCAUUUGGCUGACGGCGGUACCGAGCCUGAAUCACACAUUGGAAUCGACUACUACCAAGCAAAAGUAAGCGAAGAACUGCUACCGUUUCUGCCACAGUCGAAAGGCAAUUAUUUCGUUAUAAAAAAUAUCGGUAUUGUACGCAAGAAUGGUUUCUCAAUACGUAAAUUCGUAAUAUUGUAUUGCAUCCAUAUUGGCGCGAAUGCAGAAGAAUGUAAUGGUGGUACUCAAUUGAUUAUCAAUCGGCUAUACUGCUAUCACUACUGGUAUCCCGACUGGCCUGACCACCGUUCGCCACGGGACAUCAACACGCUACUUGACAUCUGUCUACACAUACUGAAUCUCGGCAAAUGCGAAUCGGAAUUUGAUGCAUUCGAAAUGGACGAUGACGACGAUGACGUUAUUAGCGUUCUUCAACCACAAAAAACUUCUCACGUGUCCGCACAAGCGGUAGACUUGUAUCAACAAGAUAUAUUCAAUGCUAUGCAGCCACUACCGGUCAUUCAUUGCUCUGCAGGAAUCGGACGCACUGGAUGCCUUACCGCAAUAUUAAAUGCUGUGCGUCAGCUCCGUCAAUCAUUCGCCUAUUCGCUAACAACAAUGGCCGCUGAGGCGAGAAAAGAGCGGGACAGCAGCGCUGGUGUUGUUGGUGAAUUAGCAGCACAAGCACUUUUGAGUCCAGUCGAUUUUCAGUUGCCCGUUGAAUUCGUGGCGCAAGCGCAGCGCGCAAUUACCACAGCAAGCAGUGUAACCGACACUGAUAGUAGUUUUACGCGGAAUACGCUCUACUAUGUUAACUACAUACUAAGGCGACAGCAACAGCAGUUGCAGCAAGAGAAAAGCGAAAGCGUUGCGAAUGAAAGCGAAAUGGACGCAGAUGCGGACGCUAAAACGGCUAUAGAAGAGGGUGCGCCUGACAAGAAGUAUACAGCGGAUACGGCACGUGAAGGUGAUACGUUAACGUGUCCGUUGCCAGCGCUUGGAGAACUACCCAAAAUUCCUGACAUUUUCGUAGACAUUCUAGGCAUUGUUUGUAAUUUGCGUCUACAGCGUGGUGGAAUGGUGCAAAACUCAGAGCAGUAUGAAUUGAUUCAUCGAGCCGCCUGCUUAUAUCUGAAGCGAACAUUUGCGUUGAAGCGCUUCUAAGAAAAAAAAAUACCCGCAAAAUUAUGAAUUCAAUUGCGUGUAGAUUGGAAAUGGCGCCAACAAUAGCAACAACAACUCUAAAUUAAGAGAAAGCCAGAAACUCAAAAGGUAUUGGAUGCAACACCAAAUGCAGUACAUAUUUACGAUGUGACGAUUUUAUUAUUAUCUAGAUUUUUUUCAUAAAUAUGAAUGUGGUUGUUUUUGACCGAGA